UUUCUUUACAAGGGAAAUACUAAUUUAUAAUUUUGAAUUUGCUAACAAGCUAAAAUACCUACUAGGCUACUGGUAUCUAAUGCAUGGAAUUUAGAGAAGACAGCGGAGAGAGAUAGAUUCUUAGCUAUUCAAAAGAAGGAAACAAAAAAUGUCACAGGCUUUAAGUCCGCUGUACUUCAGUCAUGGCAGUCAUGGUCCCCGAUUCACAGGCCGCACGAAAACACAAAUGCUUUUGCCUUCCCUCCAUGGUGCAAUCCAGAGACCAACAAUUGAUAGAAAAAUGGUUUUACAAUCAUUUUGUUGUCAACAACUAUCAAUUCAAACAGAGUCUUUCAAGCGAAGAUUCUCACCGCCAUCAAUGAAAUGGGCUUGGAAGAGAGGUCAACAACUGCAGCAGCAGUCAACCCUAAAUUUAAAAAAAAAAUUUGUCCUCCAGUGCUUGGGCUCUGGAGAUGAGCAUUUGCAGCAGGAUUUGGCUUCAUUACAAGGGAUACCUAAUUCUGUAACUGCUGUAGAUAUGUCUGAAGGUAGAAUCAGUUCACAUCCACAUUCCUCGCAGUCUCAUAAUAAUUUUGAGGGAACAUUGAUCAACAAAUCAAAGAAGUUUAAAAAUAAAUACCUUGGGUUGGUCAGAUUGGGGUCAGUAUUAAAUAAUGCAGCAGAAUCAUUUUUCAAGAGUGAAAUCCGGCGCAGAUUAUUUGUGACAGUAGUUUUGGCUGUUGCUAGUCGGGUUGGCUACUUUAUUCCUUUGCCAGGAUAUGAUCAUCGUUUGCGUUCCAAAGAGUAUCUUGAUUUCAUUUCUGGUUCUGGUGCGGAUCCUGGUGACUUAACAUCAGACCUGCCGCUUUCUCUUUUCCAGUUGGGUAUUGCUCCCUACAUAACUGCAUCGAUUGCCAUACAGCUGCUUUGCUAUUGUCUCCCCUCUCUUAUUAGGGAACGGAAGGAGGGACUAAAUUGGAAUGAAAAAAUAAAGAGAUACAUAUGGUGGAUGUCACUGGCAGUAGCAAUAUUGCAAUCACUAGUAUUUGCAUUCCUCUCACUUCCAUAUUCAGUAUUUGCUGCUAGUCAUCGAUUUCAACAUUGUUUGGUGACUGCAUGUCUUUUGACAAUGGGGUCUAUGAUCACAAAUUGGAUAUGUGAAAAGAUAUCGGAUGCUGGUUUUGGGCAUGGGAUAUCAGUGAUUAUAUGUGUGGGAAUAUUGUCUGGUUGUGCAGAUGCACUGCAGUUCUUAAUUACUAGAAUUUCAAGUAGUGGUGUGAAUUGGGUUCCUAGUUUACUUUGGCUGUUUGGAUUUUUUACAUUAGUCACCAUUUCUGCAAUAUUGGUCACUGAAGGAGUUAGAAAGGUCGCUUUACAAUAUUUUGGGUUCAAGAUAGCACCAACUUCAAGGGAGGGUGCUUCACUUUCAGAAGUUAAACCUUACAUUCCUUUCAAUAUUAAUCCAGCAGGAAUGCAUCCAAUCAUCACAACGACAUAUGUUUUGGCUAUCCCCUCCAUUCUAGCAAGAAUCUUACCAUCUCCCUUUUGGAAAAGGGUGCAAGACAUUUUGAACCCCACAGUUGUGGCUGCUUCUGGUUCUAGAUCAUGGAUUUACUACUUGCUACAUGCUUUGCUAAUCUUUUUGUUCAAUAUCUUAGACAUUGCCAAUUUGCCCAAGGAAAUUUCAGAUUACAUGAUGAAGAUGGGAGCGAGGAUACCUAAUAUAAAGCCUGGUCAAGUCUCUAUGGAUUAUUUGGCAAAGAUACAAGCUUCAACACGUUUCUGGGGAGGAUUGUUGCUGAGUCUGCUAGCUACAUUAUCAACAUUUCUUGAUAAUCGUUUUCAGAUCUUUGAUCAGAGAUUGCCAAUUGGAUUUACUUCUGUUCUUAUAAUUGUAGGCUCAAUAAUAGAAUUGAGGAGAUCUUAUCAAGCUUACAAUGUAAUGCCUACAUUGAGUAAGGUCUUGAAAAGAUAUGGAGUGUAGUGUUCGUCAGUAGGAUACCAAAUAUGUCAUAUAUGGCCUUCCUCAUUCACAUGAAAUGCUAGCUUUCACGAAGUUGAAGCUCGAGAGAAUUUCAUGUAUACCAUGUCUAGAUAGCCCAAGGCUAGCUUUUGCCACCAACAUCAACUUUGUAAAUACUUUAAUCAUCGGUGGAAUCAAGGAGAAAUUCUGUUUUGAGAAAGGUGGAUGCUUUUCAAUAUCCAGAACAUAUGUCAUGACCAGGGACAGUUCAUAUCAACUGCAGGGCAUCUGGGCACAGUUAACAAUAAUAUUCUGCUUUUAGAAGUGAUGUAAAAGAGACAUGCAUAUCCUCUUCAAUCAAGGCCUUUGGAAAUCAUUCUUGCUUUUA